AUGGUGGUGCAGGACCCACUGCUCUGCGACCUGCCGAUCCAGGUUACUUUGGAAGAGGUCAAUUCCCAAAUCGCCCUGGAAUAUGGCCAAGCAAUGACCGUCCGAGUGUGCAAGAUGGAUGGAGAAGUCAUGCCGGUGGUGGUGGUGCAGAACGCCACUGUCCUGGACCUGAAGAAGGCCAUCCAGAGAUACGUGCAGCUCAAGCAGGAGCGCGAAGGGGGCAUCCAGCACAUCAGCUGGUCCUAUGUGUGGAGGACGUACCAUCUCACCUCUGCGGGAGAGAAGCUCACGGAGGACAGGAAAAAGCUCCGAGACUAUGGGAUCCGGAAUCGGGACGAGGUGUCCUUCAUCAAAAAACUGAGGCAGAAAUGA